AUGCCGAAGCUGGCGAAGAAAGGAAAGGACUCUGCUUUAACAAUGAAGAUUGUCGCUGUGGAACGCAAGCAGAAAGAAGUGAACCGCGUGCUAAAGUUGAAGAGUGAAAUUUUGCUGAAAUCGGAGGUCUCCUAUUUGGAAUAUAUUGAAAUGCGAUCAGAAAUGGAGCGCCUGAAAGCGUUAAAGGACACAUUUGAGCGGCGCAUGCAUAAAUUAAAACAGCAAGCCAAUUAGUUACAAAUCAUAUUUUAUGUGUGCUGAACUUAGAAUUAAGAUUUGAUGUAAGAAAUAGAAAUUUUAGACUGUUGACUUGGAAAUGUGCUCCACAUA